GGUGGCCGAAACUCAGUAGUUUUCAUAAAGUUUUGUGAUCAUGAAGUCGGCUCUUAGGAUGGUCACUCUUUUGGCCAUAUUCUAUAUAUUAAACUUUAAACAAACUGUAGGUUGUGAUUUUAAAAUAUUUUAUCUAAUUACUAACUUAAUAUAUCUAAAUCAGAACUCGGUGGUUUUCAAACUAACAAAUGCCAUUUGCGGUAGUUACAACAAGACCUGGAUUAGGAUCAAUCAUUGCCGCUUGAAGGCGAUCAGUCGCCACAAGACUGUGUUCAACUUCAAUGCAACCUUUCUUCAUCCCACGAGGAACAUUAUUGUUCACUACCAAUUGUUUAAAAGGGAAAAUGGCUAUAAGCCUUGGCUGGUUAAUAUCCGGAUCGAUGGCUGUCGGUAUCUGCGAAAGCCUUACGAUGCCAUUGCAAUUUUACUUUUUAGCAUCUAUAAGGACUUCUCAAACAUCAAUCACACCUGCCCGUUGUAUGGUGACAUCUUUAUAAAGGAUAUGUAUUUAACCACCGAUGUCAUGCGACUACCACUGCCCACUGGUGAUUUCCUCUUGGCUAUAGAUUGGAUAUUCUAUGGGAAACCACAGUUUGCCACCAAUAUUAGUUUCCAAUUUGUGGAGGAUCUUUUGUGA